AUGAAGUCUGUCGCCCUUUCAAAAAUCAAGAAAGCCAUUAAAUAAUUCGAUCUCUUCGGAGUCGAAUUAAACCUGAAUAUUAAUCAGUAGGAGAAAUAUCGAAGUGCCUGCGGAGGGAUAGCAUCAUUAAUUAUGAUUUUCUUGUUGGGCUACAUUUUUACUAAUCGCUUCAUUAGUAUCAUCAACAAGGAAGAUUACACAGUAAAUGCUGUAGUUUAUCUAUAGAUUAAAGUUUAAAACCUCAAAAGCGCUAAUCCAAAUUAUAAUAUCAUGAAUAGUUAAAAUUUCAUGUUCGCGAUUAAAGUGAAUGAUCCUUUGUAAAGUUACUAUUAAAAUGAAACUAGAACGUCAUACAACAUUACAAUUCAACAAUUUUUAUAAAAAAGCUAUUAAAAUGGAACAAAAACGAAAGAACUAUUAAAAUUUUACAAAUUAGAAAGAUGUACAGCUGAUCAUUUUGAAGCAGUUAACUUCGUUGAUUAUUCAUAUAUUUUUAAGUAGUUAAGUUCGUACCUGUGUUUACCAUUAGAUUAUGAACUUUAUCUACAAGGAGGUUAUAAUUCUGAGAUUUUUUUUUUUCCUAAAUUAAUCAUAGAAACUUGCAAGAAUGAAUCAGACCACUGUUAUUCUAAAUAAGAAAUAGUCGAAUUUAAUCAAAAUAGAUCUUCCACAAUUACACUUUCAACUUUAAUUAAAUCAAGUUUAUUUUUAUCAAAUGAGACAAAAAAUACAUUAUACCAUUAUAUUGACUCUGACUUUUACCUUUAAUCAGAUUUUACUCACUACUCCACAUCAGACAUCUUCUUUUAAUUCAACAAAAUAAAGAUUGAUGAUAGCCUAUUGAGCAUGGUGACAACCUCUACAGAAGAACUAGAUUAUUGGUCAUUCUCCUUAACUAAUUACAGAUAAUUUUAAAAAGAAGUAACAGAUAUUGAUGUAUUGUUUGAAAUAAAUCUUAGAUUAGAUGCUGAAUAAUAGGUAACAACAAAAACAGCAUAGAGAUUUGAUUAAUUUUUGUCAUAUUUAGGGGGGAUGUUAAAGUUUUUCUCAGCCUUAUUUGGUUUUGUUGCCAUUUAAUAUAAUUUCUUAGCAAUGAGAAUCUCAUUGGCUAAUGUACUGUAUGAAUUUAACCUUCCAAUAAAAGAACAAGGGAGAGUGACUUUCUCAUAUGAUCGGCUAUUAAACUUUAUUUAAUUGAAAGUAAAUAGGGUUGAUGAAUUGAUUGGAAAACUUAAAAAUUAUGCUCAUUAAGUAGUUAAACUCAGCAAUAUAACAAGAGCGUGGACAUCAUUUUCUUCGCAUACACGAUUAAUGAAAUAAGGAUAACAUGACGUAGGCGAGCAUUAGUAUUCAAAAUAGGAAAUUAAUGAGUAUGCUGAAAAAUUAAAAGAAAUGAAGGAAAAUUUUCUAUAUAGUUUAAUUUAAAAGAUUUUAGAUACUAAGAAAUAGUUGAGGUUAGGAAUUAACUUUUUCACUCUUGUUUUUUAUUGUUGCUAAUGUUUCCAAAGGGUUUAGGUGACUCGGAAAUUAAUUAAUUAAUGUGAUUUAAUGAUUAGAAGAGAUUUAGAUAUUGUAACAAUAUUGAGUAAGAUCUAACAGAUUGAAAAAUUGAAGGCAACAAUUUUGGAUUAAGAUUAAAUUUAUGUUUUCAAUUACAUUCCAAAACCUGUUAUAUUUGUUGAUCAGCAUUAUCAAAUAUCAACAGAUGAAUAAUUAUAAUAAAAUUAACUUAUUUAAAAAAUUAAUUCAUAAAAAAGAGCUAGGGUUAUCAAAAAGAGAAUGAAAUAUAAUUCUUAAAAAAAAUUUGCAAAGAUUUACAAAGCCUAUUUAAAAUUGAAGGAAUCAAAAAACGAUAUUAAUAAUCGGUUAAUUUAAUUACUAGGUCCAACUAUGGAACUCAUAUUUUAAAAAUAUCAUGAACUCUAAGAAAUAGCGAAAUAGAAAGAAGAUCUGGCUCUAACCCUUCCCAUGCCUUAAAUAUCAUCUGUAAGAAGUGGAAAUCUGCAUACUUAUGAUUCUAAAUAAGAUACCAAAUUGAAUAUUAAAAUAACACAAAAAGAUAUAAGUGAUGAUGGGAAUAUAGAGUUUUAAGGAGAAUGA